AUGUCUCUGUGGCCGCCGCGAUUCACAUCUCUAACCUCGGGCUCGUCGGGGAACGCGAAUCGACCGCCUCCUGCAUCCCCUCCACGCGUUCCGAGAGACCAACACCCUCCACCAGGCCCUCGACCCGCCCAGUCGUCGAGUCCGCGACAGCAACCACACACACGUGCCGUCAGCCAUCCCUUACCAAGAAUUUUUGGAAAGAAGAAGAGUGCCCCUGUCUUGAGAAGCGUCCCUCUCGAUGAGCACUUGGUACCCGUACUGGAUGCUGGUCCAUCAUCCGGAGCACCUACACUAGACAAGCCCAUUGGUGGUCGCAAGAGAGAUGAAGAGUUGAUCACACGCCAGUGUAUGUGCUGCGAUAACAAAGUCCGCUUUCCUCGUGAUCUUCACGUCUUUCGUUGCACCAAUUGCCUGACCAUCAACGACCUCGAACCCUACGUGAAGCAGGCCCGCGAUCCAAAGUCUUCCACCUACCCGGGCCAGCAGCAGGGUCCGCAACGUGAGAACAAAGCCAUACUCCCAUUGUCAGUCGAGCGGACCAGAGCCCUUAUCGAUCGCUGCCUCAUCACCUACCUCGAAGCACGGUGCCGUAGAAGAGAUGUUCCGACCUCGCCGAACGCCUCCACUCCAGAUGACUUCCAAUACUUCUCCUACACGACUUCUCCUUCGCCGAACAAGAGUCCUUCGAGACCCAAGACAGCUGGCUCGUCGUAUACCGCCCCUCAUGUGCCUCCAGUACCACCAAUGCCAUCUUUGCCGCCAAACAGGAGGCCCCCACCACCACCUGGUUUUCAUUCUGCACCCCUCCCUAUGCGUCCUCAGCCUCCUGUUGAUGGUGACCGCAGUGCUCAGCGUUACGAUCGAGUCAAGGUCAUAUUCAAGCCUCUUGAGGAUUAUAUGCUCAGCAGCUUUGGAAAUUACAACUGCCUCAAUACUUCUUUCAGUAUUGUACGGCAUCCCGUUGCUGCGCGUAGGAGGAGCGAGAGCGCUAUCAAAACUCCUCCCAGUGAAACGGUCGAAACUUUCCUCCAAAGUCCACUAGACUCGUUCUCUCAGCUCGAUGCAAAGACUUUGCUUCUUGGUGAUUUCGCAGAGAAUGGCGACUGGUGGACAGGUCGAGUUACUCGCAACUGUUCAGACAAAUCGGACAAACGCGGUCAUCAUAGCUCGGAAAGUAGACGUUUGACUACUUCAAGGUCUCCCCAUAUCGAUUGGGAUCAGCUUUCUCAUUGGUACGAUGUUGUGCAUUCUGCUGGGCUUAGGUGGCGCGACAGAGUUGCGAACAUGAGAGGUGUCGACCAGGAGAAGGUGCAGGAGCAUAUUCGUGGAUCCGUCAAUGCUAAGGAGAUUGACGAGGACAUUGCAGAAGCCCGGCUGCACGUUGAACGAGCCUUGUUGAAGAUCACUGAAAACAUAUUGAAACGGCCUACGCGACCCCUGCUUGAACCAGACCACAUACGCUUUCUGCUUGUCAUUCUGGCAAACCCUUCAUUACACCCCUCAACGCGCGCACCUGGCAACAGGCCACCAAUUCCUCGCACUCCAUCUGGACUCAAGGCUUCAACUUUGGCGCCACCGUCUUCCUCAAGACUUCCGUCUCCCCAGAAGCCGUCAGGCACUCCUGGAAAUGAACCUGGACAGCAUGCUGGCAUCCUCAAGCGCAUCUUUGGACUGGUCGCCAACGCUUCCGAGAAUUGUCAUCGGUGUCUCACUAAUUGGUUCAGUAGACUGCCUGAGCAACAAUUCGUAAAAAUGGUUGAUCUGGUGGCGAGGUUCGUUACUUACCGACUUUCGCGCCGCAAGAGUCGACCUCGCAGUAUUAUACCUCAAGAUGGUGGUCUUAUUCCCGAUUUGUCUGGGUCUGCGAGGAACACGUUUGCCCAGCUCCAAUCAGCAACUGGUUUGAGCGGCAGCAGUAGUGGAGCUGGCAGGAACAAGAUGCCACAAAUGGAGACGAUAAGUGUGAUUGACUAUAGUGAGGACUGGCAGUUGAAAGCUGCUGCCAAAGUCAUGGCAAUGUUGUUCGCUGCAAACAACACAUGGCAGACGAAAAGGGCUGGUCUUACUCCUGCCCAAACAAGCAUGAGUUCUCUGUCUAAGCCACGCACAAAGAUGCACGGACAACUGCUGCCUACUUCGGACUUCUACAACACACUGCUCGAUUAUUACGAUCUCGUCGCAGACUUCAAGGCUUGGGAGUCUAAGAAAGCGAAGUUUACCUUUUGUCAAUACCCGCUCUUUCUCUCCAUGGGCGCCAAAAUUCGACUCAUGGAGUACGACGCACGUCGUCAGAUGGAGAUCAUGGCUCGUGAGGCUUACUUCGACUCUGUCACCACACGCAGGUCCAUUGACGGCUAUUUCCACUUACGUGUAAGGCGUGAGUGUAUGGUUGACGACAGUCUGAAGCAAAUCAGCGGUGCUGUAGGGUCAGGUCCAGAAGAGUUGAAAAAGGGACUCAAAGUCCACUUCACAGACGAAGAAGGUGUUGACGCAGGUGGUUUGAGAAAAGAGUGGUUCUUGACAGUGGUCAGAGAUAUCUUCGAUCCCAAUCAUGGCAUGUUCCUUUAUGAUGACGACUCGGGUUUCUGUUACUUCAAUCCGUCUUCCUUCGAGACCAGCGAUCAGUACUACCUUGUAGGAGCUCUCCUCGGCCUCGCGAUUUACAACUCUACCAUCCUAGAUGUAGCCCUUCCACCAUUUGCCUUCCGCAAGUUGCUCGCUUCGGCCCCUCCUCCGGCGCAAAAUUCUGCUCUGCCCUCGAGUGGCAGAACUCAAGUGACUUAUACCCUCGAGGAUUUGGCAGAGUACAGGCCCGUGUUAGCGAAAGGUUUACGCGACCUUCUCGACUUUGAUGGAGACGUCGAAGCAACCUAUUGCAGAGACUUUGUUGCAAGUACUGAGCGGUAUGGCGUGGUGACGGACGUUCCAUUGAUUCCAGGUGGCGAAGCUAUACCAGUCACCAACACGAACUGCCGUGAAUAUGUCGACGCCUAUGUGCGCUAUCUGUUGGACACAUCUGUGACUAGACAGUUUGAGCCCUUCAAGCGUGGCUUUUUCACCGUUUGUGCUGGCAACGCUCUUUCAUUAUUCCGCGCCGAAGAGAUCGAACUCAUGGUCCGCGGCUCUGAUGAAGCCUUGGAUGUCAAUUCCCUCAAGGCGGUUGCUGUAUACGAGAAUUGGCGCGAGGUUGCUCCGCCGCAUAAACCACUACCCAACCCUGCUGACCAAGUACCGGUCAUAUCCUGGUUCUGGGACUGUUUCCGAGGUGCUACACCUGAGGCACAACGAAAGCUCCUUGGUUUCAUCACUGGCUCCGAUCGUAUACCUGCUGUUGGUGCCACGAAUCUUGUUCUUCGCAUCGUCUGUGGUGGUGACGGGACUGCUGGACAAGGGCAAAACGCUGGCACAGACCAAGAGAGGUUCCCUAUCGCACGGACAUGUUUCAAUAUGUUGGUACUUUGGGGCUACGAGAGCAAGGCGAAGCUCGAAGAGAAGCUCUGGCGUGCUGUGUCCGAAAGCGAAGGGUUUGGAUUGAAAUGA